UUUUUUCCUCCGGGAUUCAAAUUUCGAUCCUGUUAGAGGGGUUCACGAUGGUUCGAGCGACGGUUCUGAAUGUCGGUGAUCACGCCAGUGAAGGUGUGCGUACUAACAAAGCUAAAGGAGAGAAAAUGGUUCUGGAACCUCCGAUGAACAGUGCACAAAGACGAAAGUUGGGGGAUAUUACUAAUUUGCAGAAUCAGAAGAAUCUAAUGAAUCAGGGAGCGAAGCAUCAGCAACAAGCUAUAUUAAUCUCUUCUAAAGAAAACGCUGAAAAUCUUCAAAAGGAAAACACAAAGCUGAUGAAAGUCGUCAUGGAGAGAGAUGGAAUCAAAAGUGAUCUGAAGAAACUUAGGAUUGAAUUUCAGAAGGUUCAAGAACAGAAUUUGCUACUUGCCCAGGCUAACACUCGUAUCUUGGCGGAGUUCAAUACAAGCAAAGACCAACUGAAGGUACUUCAGCACGAACUUGGUUGCAAGAAUGGGUUAGUCAUGGCCAGGAAAAUGCUGCUUAAGGAGCAAACCCUUCCAUGUACGCGUCAUGCAUCAAAAGUCAAGGCUCAAGCAAAUGCUUGUGGUGGGGCUUGCAAAACCUUUCAGCCAAAUGAUGCAGAUCAUGAGCAUGCUUCCGGGAGCUCCAACGCUAACUCAUUGCAAAGAAAUGAGAAAGCCAACAGUAAAAGGAGAGUUUCUGGAAGGAAGAAUCCCGCCAAUUCCGAGGUAUUAGAUAUAAUUGGCAGAUCGGGAGAGACAUGUCAGAUGGAAGACAACAUUGACAACAAGAAGUUGGUCUCUGAUAGUGACAAUGAUGCUGAAAACCAUAUAAAUGACAAUGUCCAAAGCAAAAGAUAUUGUGCAGGAAGACAGAGUAGCAGUUCUAAGACUCGAGAAGCCAGCCAAACAGAAACCUUGCAAAAGGUGGUUGACGCCAAAGAAAUUAAGGGGGAUGCAAGGUUUUCUUUGACAAAGCAUUCUGACUGGUUAAAAUCUCAAGAACCUGAGCCAUCUGAAAGCCUAUACGAGUCAAGGUUCCCUUUGAGAAGGCGUUCUGCCCGGUUAAAAUCUCAAGAACCUGAGCCAUCUGAAAGCUUCCAUGACUCAAUAGAGACAACCAAGAGGAGGAGGUCGGCAAUAAGGUCUGCUAUGUUUAAUAUCCAAGAGCUGGGCGUUAUUCAAAACUUGAACGGUUUACCUGAUGAUCAAGAGAUUGCUGCAAAGGCCAGAUGCUCUGCACGUGAACAGUCUACCGGGUCUAAACCCGAAGCAGUAGAACCACAUGACACAAAAGAGAUAAUCGGGAAAAGCAGGUUUUGUAGUGAUAGAUAAUUGUCUGUAUUCUGCAGUAUUACAGACUAAAGUGUUAAGACUGUUAUCUAAUGCGAUUUUAUUUUCCGCAGGAUAUCUUUGAGAAGACAGUCUGCGAGGUUUAAUUUCCAAGAGCUGGGCGUGACUGAAAACUUGAAUGGUCCACAUGAUGAUCAAACGAUUGCUGCAAAUGCCAGAUGCUGUGCAAGUGAACAGUCUAUCGGGUCUAAACCCGAAGCAGUAGAACCACAUGACAUUGAAGAGAGAAUCGGGAAAAUCAGAGUCUCUUCAAGAAGACAAUCUGCAAACAUUGAAACUCCGAGAGCCAUCAAAGAACCUGCAAAUCCGCCUUUGCAUGAUGACAAUGUUGAGGAGUCUAGUCAGAUAUCAUGUUCAGUUUCAAUGGAGCUUAAAAGAGAAUCAAAGAAGAAACCAACAGGCGACGAAUCAGAGGAAAUGAGAAAAACAACUGUUGGAAGACCUUCAAGGCAAGCUGCUGAAAAAAUCAAAUCGUACAAGGAACCUUCACUUAAGGAGAAGAUGCGAGGGGGCUUCUGAGUCUUGCUAAGAUCGAAUACCCUCUCGUCAGCCUCGUAUGUAUUGGAUUCUGCGACUUCACUUUUGUUCAGUGAGCUAUUGCUCAAUGCUGUAGAUCACAAUGUAUAUUCGUAGUUGCUUGUAGAUAAAGCUAGCGAGUGGUCUUGCUACUGUACAUGAAGCGGAUUGGACGGUUUAAUUCGGUUUGAUGGAGAACCCCUCUGUGUACUCUGCUAAGUAAAUUCUUUCACAAUCUCAUUUGUAAAGGGGUGAAAUAAUAUUUUCUUCAUUUUUUUCUUACAG